GUCCAGCUGGGAAAGAUGCGGAGCGCGCGGAGGUGGGGUCUGGGGCGGGGCCACGCGACCUCGGGGCGAGGCCUUCCAGUCACGUGGGCACCGGCCUCCUGCGCGCCGCGGCCUGCGGGCUACCUAGGGUUGGACGCUCGGUGGCAAUGGGAUCUUGUACGCAGAAGAUUCAGAGCUGCCUGGCGGCCGGCCUGCUGCAGAACCAAGUGGCGGUGGUCACCGGCGGAGCCACGGGCAUCGGAAAGGCCAUCGCCAAGGAACUCCUGCACCUCGGGUGUAAUGUGGUUAUUGCUUCCCGGAAGCUUGACAGACUAAACUCUACUGUAAAUGAACUGAGAGCCACCUUGUCGUCCUCCAGCCAGGCCCAGAUCAGUGCCAUACAGUGCAACAUCCGGAACGAAAAUGAGGUGAAUAAUUUGGUCAAAUCUACCUUAGCUUUGCAUGGUAAGAUCAAUUUCUUGGUAAACAAUGGAGGAGGCCAGUUCCUGUCUCCUGUUGAGCACAUCAGUGCAAAGGGAUGGCAUGCUGUCAUCGAAACCAACCUGACAGGCACUUUCUACAUGUGCAAAGCAGUUUACAAUUCCUGGAUGAAAGAGCAUGGAGGCUCCAUUGUCAACAUCAUUGUCCUCAUUAAUAAUGGAUUUACAUUAGCUGCGCAUAGUGGAGCUGCAAGAGAAGGUGUUUACAACCUCACCAAAUCCAUGGCUUUGGCUUGGGCCAGCAGUGGAGUGAGGAUCAAUUGUGUUGCUCCAGGAACCAUUUAUUCCCAGACUGCUGCUGACAACUAUGGUGAUAUGGGACAAAGCAUGUUUGAAGGUGCCUUUGAGAAUAUCCCAGCUAAACGACUUGGAGUUCCUGAAGAGGUCUCCUCCCUCGUGUGCUUCCUACUGUCCCCUGCUGCUUCCUUCAUCACUGGGCAGUUGGUGAACGUGGAUGGGGGCCAGUCUCUGUACACUCAUUCAUACCACAUACCAGAUCAUGACAACUGGCCUGUGGGAGUCGGAGACUCUUCUAUUGUCAGGAGGAUGAAGGAAUCUUUUAAACAGAAGGCCAACCUCUAAGCCAAGGAAACAACCACCUGUCUUGUUCCUGAGUGCCUUGACAUCUUUGGAAUGUUCUUCUGUGCUUCACAAGAGCUUACAAUUUCUGUGCAGGUCAAAAAUCAUUUUUAAUGUUAUCAGUUAGAUCUAUGCAAAAACUACUCCCCAAAUAAGUGCAGCUUUAUGUCCAAACCAAUAUCUUUUAACUUGUAAUUUUUUUUGUAAAGAGCAGAGAUUAAUGUAUUUAAAUGACUAUUCUUAUUUCCAAGAGAGAUAUUUGAAAAAAUUGAAAUAACUGAAAACUACUAAGGAUCACAGCUGGGUGUGGUGGGACAAGCCUUUAUUCUUAGCACUCAGGAGGUGGAGGCAGGAGAUUAGGAAUUCAAGGUCAUCUGCAUAGCAAGAUCAAAAAUCUCAAAGGGCUUUAUGAUUGAAUUACAAAAAUGGGGACAUUUUGUGGCAUAAUUAUGAUUAUUACAACUAGAGUUAUAUGCUGACUUAUUUUUGGUGGUAGAUACUUUUGGAUCAAUAAAGCUCUAUGGUAAUUAUCAA